UGCAAAAUGGCCGAAAUGUGACGAAAAUAAAUGCUGAAGUUUAAAAAUGACAACAAAUUCAGCCAAAACUGAAAACUUUCUAGAGAACACUGAAAAUGCAUCGAACAAGACUCAUAAGAAAGGGUUCAGCCGCAGCGAAAAAAUAAUUGGAGGCUUAUUUCUUGGUUCUUUGACCUCAUUUUCUCUGUUAGCCGGGUUCGGGGUGACCCUUUCAUCAGCAAGAAAGCAAGAUCCCGAAUCAUUUGCUAAAGGACUUAUUUCAUUCUCUGAUAAAGGGCUAGCUGAAUCUGGUGGUACAUUGGCUCUACGUGCUCUUGGAAAGGCCACAUUAUAUACCGUAGGAACCUUUGGACUCUUGACUUUUAUUGUUGCUAAAACGAUGGGUGUUAGCAGCAUUCACGAAUUUUAUGUCAAAGUGGACGCUUUUGUGCCAAAAUUUAAGAAGAAAGAGCCAACUGGACGACAAGAAUUUGACUCUAUACGGGAAUUAUUUGAAUAUAUUAUUGAUGAGGAUGAGAAGGCCAAGAAUGACAAGAAUAAAUGAACUUAAUUUUCGGAUAACUAGAAAACUAGAUAAUAGUUACGUCUGUGCCAUACCAUAUAUAAAAAGGCUAGAAAAUAAAUAGUUUGCCACUAGUUAAUCGUGUGCUAUAACUAUCAUAACUUUGUGGUUGAAUUCAACUGGUGCUAUUUCACUCGAAAAACCACGUGCUGUUUGUUAUGGCCAAAGUUGAGAAAUGUUUUAAUUGUGGGCUGUAGUAUAAAUGGGUUACCUCUCUUUAACUAUCAAGAGAGACUAGAAAUCGCAUCAGGUAGACCUUAAAAACUGUUCAUCUUGAAAACCUAAGUUGUUUUAUCAAGCGUAUGGGGGAGGUAUUUGCAAGCCAACGGACAGCUUAGUCUUGUCAUAUUCCUUAUUUACUGUGUUACACUUAUUAGACAAUAUCUGGAUUAAAAUGUAUACAUAUAG